CAGUUUUAUCCCCCCUUGUGCGGCACGCGAGAUUUGUUUUCUAGAAAAACACGCCUCUUUACACCCCGAGCCAAGACGGAGUUUGCGGAUGUGCUAGACUCAACGCUGUGUACAUUCACUCACCUCCUCGUCUCGUCACCGCCGCUGGUUCCGCAUCUCGCGCGAGCCAUUUCGAGUCGACUGCCGUAAAGCGGCAGCUCGCUUGGCCGCGGGCAGCUCGCUUGGCCGCGGCAGCUCGCGUGCAAAGCCUUUGAGUGCUCGCAUUUCGCGCUUUCGUGAUUUUCUCCCAUCGGCUCUUUCCCGAAUGCGAUGGCCGCGGAAGCUUCUACCAAGAUUGCGGAUCUCCGAAUUUACCCUCCGGCGAGAGUCUCCGGCCGUCACGGUGACCGUCGUUCUGAAGCGGCAUCAUCCGAGUGGGAUGCUUUAAAAUCGCAUGGCGGAGAGGCAAGAGCGGGUUCUGAAACGACUCGAGGCGGCCUGAAAGGCGCUGCGAGGGUGACGGGCACGUGGCUGUGGCUCACUGGGUGCGCGGUCGGGCUUCUGGUCCUGCUCGCAGUCCUCACCUUCGCGCUCGCGACAGAUCUAGUAGAUCCGUUGGACAUCAGCGAGCUCUGGAACCAGGCACCUUCCUCUCUGCCGGCUGUAGCGCCGUGGGAGUUGCCCGGCUGCAUUCUCACUCUGGACUCGCGCUACAACCCUGAGGGGGUGCGGGCUGUGGAAGCGGCUGUAGCACGGCUGUUGGGAGACCUGGGAGAGGAUAAAGAAGGGGGGGGGAGAUGGUUUGGAGAACGAAAGGGAAGGCGGCUGAAGGGAGGAGGUGGGGAAGGGGGCGAGAAGGUGAAAGAUGCUGAGAUAUUUGGCAAGAGAGGAAAGAGCGAUAUGGCUGGGGAGGAGAGCAAAGGAGGAGGGGGUGGCGAGGGUGGUGAGGGUGGUGAGGGUGGCGAGGGUGGUGAGGGUGGUGAGGGUGGCGAGAAGACCCAGGAAUUGAAGAAAGGAGGGGGAGACCUGGUUGUCGGAGGGGGUGGUCAGGGGAUGCCUGAAGAGUGGAGGAGGUUUUAUGAGGCUCUACCGAAGAUGCUGGACGGGGCGGGGAAUGAGUACCGGGGCAAGAUGCCCAUCUGGGUCGCUCUGGCCGUCAACAUGCUGUAUGCACGGCGGCAUGGUUACCGCCUGGUGGCAGAGAAUGGGGCUAAGUACAAACAGGACAGGCACCCAUCCUGGUUCAAGGUGCCAUUACUGCAGGAGCAGCUGUCCUGCUGCUGCCGGUGGGCCUUCUUUCUCGACUCAGAUGCAUACAUGCGCAUGAGCCACCACCGCCUCUCCAUAGAAGCAUGGAUCCGAACCAUAAAAGAGCCAAACUACUUUGAUAGGCUGCUGAAGGCCAAUCUCACAGGCUCCCUGGACGGCCAGGUGUGGGUCCCACAGGACCCCGCGCUUCUGCUACAGCCGACCACAGCGCUACAACCAAACGGGCCGGUGGCUCUGAUACCAAGGAAUGGGGACUCGAGGGGGGGGUAUUUUGGAGGCGCCGACAAGUUGUUUAAGCGGAAAACGGACUUCAUCAAUGCGGGGGUGAUGCUGUGGAGGCGAUCGCCAGACAGCCUCAAGUUUUUGAAUCAGUGGUACGAUUUGUUUUGGGACGAGUACCACCGCUUCAACCACGUCUGGGAGCAGGCAAAUCUCAACGUGGUCGCUCGCAAGAACCAGUGGAGGGGGAAACUGAUAGUGGUGCCGUAUCGUGAGCUUACAGGCCCAGAAGGAGAGAUGGUGCGGCAUGUGUGGAGUGGUAUUCCAGCGGAAGCACAUGAGAGGUUGGUGCAUGAGGCGUUACAAGAGGUAUUUGGCUCGCCCUAGUGAGGACGAAUGGACAGGAAACUGAUAGUGCUGCCGUAACGUGAGCUUAUGGGCCCAGAAGGAGAGAUGGUGCGGCAUGUGUGGAGUGGCAUUUCUGCGGAAGCACAUGAGGGUGGUGUACCGUAAUCUCCCGGCAUGAUUACCCCCCCGAAAAAGGGACUCUGGGUAUUUUUUCCGGACCAUGGGUCUUAAUAUCGUAAAGGGAUUGUGAGGACCCGCUGUUUGGGGUAAAUCAUUUGAGGACCCCUCCUUUCCUGUUUUAAGAGGUUUUCCCAGCAGUUUUUGCUCAAUUUCAAAAUGCGUCAUGCACUACGGAGUCAACUUCCACAUCAUGGAGGGAGUCAUGCCUGCCUGGCACGUGAAACCUCUCAAUGGGGUGGACCGUGGGGAGACUUCGUGAACGAACCUCCCCCCUCGUAAUGACUCCUGCUGGCAGUCAAGAAGCCCGCG